UUUAAAAGCCAAGCCUUUACACUCUGUCCUUCACACAUUUGGAUCCUGCUCUGGUGACAACACACUCCAAACCGCUGCUACAGAGAUUUUUCGUUCAGGUUUUAAAUUAAUUCUGUUUUCCGGUGUUUUACUAUUCGUGAUAUAUUCAGUGCUGUUAUAUAAACUACAGGACCAGACCCUGUGUGGGUACACGGAGCUCUUCGCGUCUUUUUUUAUCGCCUAUAGGUCUACUUAUCAAACCCCAUGUUAAAGCGUAUUAUAUAUGGAGGUGGUUUUUUUUAGCUUAAACUCUAUAUGUUUUCAUAAUUUUGUGAAGAAGUAGCAACAACUGGAUUUUAGCUCAAAGGAUUCAACAAAUAGUAUGAUUCUUUGUGUACCAGGUCCACCAGCUCUUCUGCCCGGUGCUCUGUCCACUGAAGCCCCACGGGGCAUGCGGGCGGGAACUGUACCUCCAACCCCUUGCCUUCAAACCACCCCUCCAAUAUGGGACCCCGCAAAAGACCUGAAGGCGAUUGCCACCAACUUCUGCUAUCUAGAAAAUUCAGGAUGGUACUGGGGAGCUAUAACUGCAGCUCAGGCCCACGCUGCACUUCAAGAGGCAUCUGAAGGAGCCUUUCUGGUACGGGACAGCAGCCAUCCCAUGUACAUGCUGACCCUCUCGGUGAGGACUGCCCGUGGUCCCACCAGUAUACGGAUCCAGUACAGCGGCGCCCAGUUUUUGCUCGACUCCAGCUCCCCGGCCCGGCCCAGCCUGUCAUCCUUCCCCAGUGUGCCCUGCCUGGUGCAGCACUACAUGGGACCAGAGAGGAAAGCCGAGGAGGGGAAGGUGGAGGUGGAGUCUCCUUCAAAGCCCUCUCAGCAGACAAUUCAGGAGCCGUCUGUGGUAUUAAAACUGAAGCGGGCUGUGUACAAGCCCCAGGGCCUCCCCUCCUUACAGCACCUCACACGCCUCGUCAUCAACAGACACUCAGACUGCCCAGACCAGCUACCACUCCCGAGGCCUCUGCUGCGUUACAUACAGGACUAUCCCUUCAAGGUAUGAGUGGUCCCUCAAGUUCAUUACAGACAAAAGACAAAAAAACAUCAAACAGGUCCUUUAUGCCUGUAAAUGACAUUGCUGCUCCAGCAGUUGGAGGCCAGUCCCAAAAAACUGGACACAGGGUCAUGUUUUUACUGACGAAACAUGUACAAACUCAGUUAUUGCUGACGUGUCUGGUUUCAGACUUAAUUUGUUAUGGACUGGGUGGUGAGGCAUCCCAGAAAGAGACGACUUGUGAGAAAACUCCGUACUGUAAUCUACGCUUAUUUUAUGACGGAUGUGGAAAUUGUCCAUAUCUACUUUACCCUCAUCAGUUUUGGAUGUGCAUACUGUUUCCAAGAAGUACAUUGAUUCCACUGAAACAUAAUUUUAAGCCAUUUUAUUUUUCUCAGUAAAACAUUUUUUCUACCUUUUACAUGUGUACAUUUUUCUAUUAAAAAAAAAACAAUAUGAGUCUAA